UUUUUUUACGGAAACGGAAGGGGUGGUACACAUGUAAAGUGAAAUCUCGAAGCUAGCUCUCGUCUGCCCGAGUUAUUACUUUUUCAGUAAACAAUUAUGGCGGCCGCGGAUCCCUGGUCCUCGAGUCAUGGCAGGCCCGCUAGCAGAGGAGAGUUCCCGGCUGGUGAGAACAGCAACGAGCGCGAUGGCCCGGGAGGAAGUGGCGGAGAGGGAGAAUCCGAGCCAGAUCGGUCAACAUUCGAAUGCAACAUUUGUCUGGACACAGCAAGGGACGCUGUCAUCAGCUUGUGCGGGCACUUGUUCUGCUGGCCCUGCCUUCAUCAAUGGUUGGAGACACGGCCCAGCCAACAGCAGUGUCCUGUGUGUAAAGCAGGCAUCAGCAGAGAGAAAGUCAUCCCCCUCUACGGCAGAGGGAGCUCCAGCCAAGAGGACCCCAGGUUGAAAACCCCGCCUCGACCUCAGGGACAGAGAACGGAGCCAGAGAGCAGAGGGCCCUUCCAGGGGUUUGGGGACACUGGCUUCCACAUGUCCUUUGGGAUCGGUGCAUUCCCAUUCGGCUUCUUCACCACAGUCUUCAACACCAAUGACCCCUUUCACAGAGCAGACGCAUACGCAGCCGAUCACCAAGGCAACCCCGACAACGGCAACAACUGGCAGGACUCUCUCUUCCUGUUCGUGGCCAUCUUCUUGUUCUUCUGGCUGCUGACUGUGUGAGGAAGAAGAUGGAUAGAAGGUGGAAAAGGAGAGGUGUAGGGAUGGGGGAGUUAUAUAAAAAAUAAGCUCACACACACAUCAAAGCAUCAGGAACGACCGACUUUCUUGCUCAGUAGUGACUGGGAGAAUUUAGACUAUAGAUGGGUGGUGGUGGGAUGACUGUCAGUUUACUCUUAGCAAGCAAUAUCUAACUCAGCAAACAAACGAGUCCAAUAUUUGUGUAUUCCCCCAAAUGAUUUACCAGAUUCAUUUGGAUAGGAAGAGUACACUAAGGCACCACUCUGUGGUGGUGGAUAAAACACAAACGUGAGGUUGAGUAAAGCGAAGUCAAUUUAUCGACCUUUCUCUGCAUUUGUACAUAAAUGCACCACACACACAGUGGAUACCCGGGUUGAAGCGUGGGGGCUGACUUUUUAGGGAUUAGACUGGUGUAUAGACUGGAAUCAGUGUUGCGAGAAAUGGUUGGAUUGAGUUAAUUGUAAAUUAGGGGAGUAUGACGAUGAUCACUUUAAGUAACUUUACCACAAGACCUAUGUAAUGUGGUUAACAUAGCGAUACAGUUGAAGUCGGAAUUUCACAUACACCUUAGCCAAAUACAUUUAAACUCAGUUUUUCACAAUUCCUGAUAUUUAAUCCUAGUAAAAAUUCCCUGUUUUAGGUCAGUUAGGAUCAUCACUUUAAGAGUGUGAAAUGUCAGAAUAAUAGAGAGGAUUUAUUUCAGCUUUUAUUUCUUUCAUCACAUUCCCAGUGGGUCAGACAUUUACAUACUCAAUUAGUAUUUGGUAGCAUUGCCUUUAAAUUGUUUAACUUGGGUC